CGCUGAAUAGGUACGCUAUAGAUUCGCUUGUUCGUAGAUUCACCUUAUAGAUAAUAGGCGAAUUAGGUAAGAUUUUAAAGUAUAGAUAUCAGACUAUGGCUUGAUUGUCGAUCCAAAGAGCCUGUUGAUAGCAUCAUAACACUAUUCCGGGAAGUCCGGGUUAGUAUCGGCACUUCUUCCUACUACCCUAUCUCAAUUGGUCCUUUUUUUCUCCUCAUUGAUCCCAAGUUGAAGCGGUGACAUACCGUACCCACGUAACUACAUGUUAUACCCAUCCAGCCUUUUCACUUGGACCUAUACUUGGAAAUCUCCGGGUUUCGGCGUUAGCACGUACCCACGUUGCGCCCCUGAGGUCUCGUGGCUCCCGAAUACAGGUCGUUAAACCCAGGAUUGUUCAGCUUGCUAGGUAUCCAUGUUGUGCAGCUUACCGUUGCAUUUCCACUCCUGUACAAAUGCAUCAUACUUUAGCACGGCCUACAUCUCAAUACUUGACCCGGAGGACGGAGGAGCGAUAUCUUAAGCCGAAAACGCGAUGAAGCGUCCCCCGGCCAGUAUAAUAAUGCGGGCAAUGCACCCCCCUAUAGGAAGAUGAAAGGUAGUAAGACAACCUGUUUACCUAUUUGAUUGUUUACAUCACCGACGACGUCGAAAUUUUACAGCUAUAUUCAUCAUCUUCUAUACGACAGCUUCGCGAACUGAGUUGUAAGAUCAUAGUUCCUAGAAUCACUAGUGAUGGCUGCGAUCGCGAACGAGAAGACGGAUAAUUCCAGCAAGCCCAAGUAUGGACGACGGCUAAUGCCCCAUGUAAUCGACGGGCUCGCGAAAGAUGAUCCUACGCGGGAGGCCUUUUCCAUCCCUCGCUCCGAGAACCCUAAAGAUGGGUGGAAAGUCGUCACGUUUAAGGAGUAUGCGAAUGCUAUCAACCGCGUCGCGCACAGGAUUAUCGAGACGUGCGGAAAGCCUCCUUCAGGGUCCUUCCCGACGAUAGCUUACAUCGGCCCAAACGAUGCCCGGUAUAUCGUUCUCGUUGUCGGCGCGAUCAAGGCCGGUUACAAGGCUCUGUUAAUCUCGCCUCGUAACUCCCAAGAGGGGCAAAUUUCCCUGUUCGAGAAGACGGAUUGCAAAGUCAUCGCUUUUGCGAGACAGCAGCGGGCGCUGAUUAAGCCCUGGUUGCAAGAGCGGAAUAUGCAGGCCAUCGAAGUUGGCGAGAUCGAAGCUUGGUUUCCGGAGCAGGAGGUCGAGCCGUUUCCUUACGAGAAGACGUUUGAGGAAGCCGAGUGGGAGCCGGCUGCUGUCCUUCACACCAGCGGAAGUACCGCGCUUCCCAAGCCCAUCGUUCUUACGAACGGUCUCAUAGCUAUCAACGAUGCUCUUCAAGAAACGCAAGACUUCAGCGGAGCCAUGCCCUGGAUGAAAGGUUUCUCGAGUCUUGCGAAAAGACACCUCCUCCCGAUGCCUUUAUUUCACGCCGCGGGGCUCUACGUAUUCAUCUUCUCGGCGAUAUACUGGGGCACCCCUAUCGCCUUUGGAAUCGGCGAACGUCCGUUGUCCAUCGACUUAGUCAUCGAGUGUCUCGAAAAUGUAGAUGUCGAAGGGGUCAUGCUUCCGCCAGCAAUGCUGGAGGAGAUGAGCCACAGUGAAGAGUACAUUCGACCGUUAUCUAAGCUUAAGAUAGUCACGUUCGGCGGAGGGAACCUUAACAAGGAAGCCGGUGACAGGCUAGUGAAGAAUGGCGUCUUCCUCAAUAACGUAAUCGGCGCUACGGAAUUUGGCCUUUUCCCUAUGUUUACUCAGCCGAAUCCGGAGCUUUGGCAGUAUUUCAUAUUUGACGAGGAGGCGAUUGGGGCGGACUGGCGCAAGGUUGACGGCACCGAGGAUGUCUAUCGACUUGUGAUGGUUCGCAAAGACAAGCAUCCAGGUCUCCAGGGGAUUUUCUAUACGUUCCCAGAUAUCAAUGAGUACGAUACCAAAGAUAUGUAUAAACCACAUCCGACUCUCCCCCAGCAUUGGAUAUAUUACGGGCGAUCCGACAACAUCAUUGUCUUCAGCAACGGAGAAAAGCUGAACCCGGUUGGUAUCGAAGAGACCGUCCAAGGCCAUCCCGAGGUCAAAGGGGCUCUAGUUGUUGGCACUGACCGUUUCCAAGCCGCGCUUCUUAUCGAGCCGGCGAAGCCCCCACAAAGUGAGGAAGAGGCCGAGAAGCUUAUUGACCGAGUAUGGCCGUAUGUUGAAAAGGCCAAUAAAGAGAACGUUGCUCACGGCCAGAUUGCGCGCCAAUUCAUAAUGUUGGCCGACCCGAAGAAACCGUUCCAACGUGCCGGCAAAGGGACUAUUCAACGAGGAAGCACGCUGAAGGAGUACAAGGACGAGAUCGACCAGUUAUACGAACAGGCGGAUCACCUUUUCGAUGCCUCCGCAACGAAGAUUGAUACGAGUUCCGAGGAUGCGCUGAUAGAAUCGAUCAAAAAAACGUUCGACACCGGGCUAGGAUUCAAGGGCGAGUUAGGGCCGGACAGCGAUUUCUUCUCGGCUGGUAUUGAUUCGUUGCUCGUCAUCAACGCCUCCCGACUCCUUCAUGGCGCCUUAGAAGUUGCGGGGCACCAUGUCGAUGCUUCCAAGCUGGCUACUCGUGCUAUCUACACGAACCCGACACCGCGGAAACUCGCAAGAUACAUACUCUCGAUUUUGAAUGACGGAGAAAGGUCUAGUCCUGGCGAUAGCGAGAAUGACCAGCUUAAGGUUAUGAAAACGCUUUGGGAGAAAUACACGGCCAACCUUCCUACGAGACGGGGAGCGAGACCCGAUCCACUGGACGAAGGUCAGACGGUACUCUUAACCGGAUCUACCGGCAUGCUGGGUUCGUACAUGCUUGAUUUUAUGGUUAAGAACCCAUCGGUGAAGAAGAUCGUCUGUUUGAAUAGGUCAGAGGAUGGCGGCGCGAAACGUCAGGCGCAAGCCGCGAAAGACCGAGGCCUUAGCGCAGACUUCGCGUCCAAGACCGAAUUCUUCCACGUCGACAUGUCGCGUCCGGAUUUUGGACUUCCGCAAGACACGUAUGAUCGACUACUAGCCGAAGCGGACCGCGUGAUCCAUAACGCGUGGCCGGUUAACUUUAACAUGCCCGUCGAAUCAUUCGAACCGCAUAUCCGCAGCGUUCGAAAUAUCGCCGACUUCGCUACGAAUUCGGCAAAGCGUGUAGCUGUCGUUUUCAUCUCAUCGAUAGGCACCAUAGAACGUUGGGACAGCAAGAGCGGAGAAGUUCCGGAAGCAAGGCUAGAGGAUCUCAAAGUCGCCGAUGGCGGGUACGGGCGUAGCAAGAUGAUUGGAAGUCUUGUUCUGGAGGACGUUGCCAAGGCGGGCGACUUUCCGGCUGCUAUGAUCCGUGUCGGUCAGAUCGCCGGACCUGAGGCUGAGGCGGGACAAUGGAACAAGCACGAAUGGUUCCCGUCCAUCAUUGCUAGCAGCUUAUACCUCGGCGCCCUCCCGAACGACCUUGGAAUAAUGGACCGGGUCGACUGGACGCCGGCCGAAAGCAUCGCAAACCUGGUGCUCGAAGUCGUCGGCGUUUCUCAGAAGCUCCCGGCUGAUGAGAUUAGCGGCCAUUAUCACGGCGUGAAUCCGCAGGCUGUACCCUGGUCCGAACUUGCCCCGACCGUCCAAGAAUUUUACGGGAAAGACCGUAUUCGGGAGCUGAUCAGCUUCAAGGAGUGGAUCGACCGACUGGCGAAGACUCAGUCUGACACUCAAGCUCUGGACAGAAACCCUGGUGUCAAGCUAAUCGAUUCGUAUCGCGGCAUGUCAGAUGCCUAUGAAUCAGGUCACAAACCUGUUGUCUGCGCCAUGAAGCGCACGACGGAACGUAGUGCGACGAUGAAAUCUGCCAAGGCCAUCACGCCUGAGCUGUUGAAGCAUUGGUGUAAACAAUGGGGUUUCUAAUGAAAAUAUUUGGGUUGCAUACCUAUUUAUAAGAGGUUCAGUUGGUAGUUUGGUCAAGGGAUGAACUGACGAAUUUCAUCGAUGAGUUUAUGAAUUGAUGAACUUGAGCAUAUUCACUAUAGAUAAAUUUCAGAUAUUUUCAGAUAUUUUGCAUGUGUGCUGAUUGUAUUGACAACAAUGUAUAGUGGCAGGUGAUUUCCAACGGCUGGAUUCGAAUAAUUAAUCUUACCAACUUCAAUAUAGAUGGACAAAUAGUCAAGGUUGGAACAGGAGUGAAGAAGUCCAAUUCAAGGAGCAAAGCAGGAUGUUGUAUUAAGGUUGAGUAAAUUGUUGGUUAGACGUACAUACCGAUGUACCCCUUAUGGUUAGUAGUGCUGAAAAAUAAUUCUGGUGAAUAAAAUACAUGUCACCAAAAUUUCGAGGGAAUUUUUUCAUGCAAAUUCGGUUGUUUGCUUAGAGACUGAGGUACUUAGGUAAGAUAUAGUUUUACAUGUAGCGUAGCGUGGGUCUAGUUGGACGACUGGGAAGUAGCGAU